AUGACGAACAUCUUUGGAAACACUGUCGAGCCAAGAUUCAAUAUCCUGGCGCCGCUAAUGGCAUGUUUGGGAUUCUCGAAGACCGAGACUGCACGUUUUCCACCCGAACUGCCACAUUCUUUCUGUGUAGAGGAGUCAGAGCCCAAGCCAGACAAGAUGCACACUGGUACGCUCUACGAUGGCUCCUUCUGCAAGGAGCCAGAAAUUCAAGGGCAGCUAGGCGGGCAGUCCGACAUUAGUCUUCACCAUGAAAGAGUAUCCUCUCGGAGAGAAAAAGCAAAGCACCUCGCAGGAGGUCAUCACGCUUCGCCAUAUGAAGAGGGAGGGCAGCUUCAAACUGCACGCAGUUCUGAACCGCAGUGA